AUGGGCUUCCGUCUCUCCAUUUUCCUGUUUGUCAGCCUCAUCCACCAGACAAGGAGCAGAGAUAACUCGCCCCUGCACUGCUGCUUUGCACCGACGAACCGACCGGUGGUGCUUGCUUGCGACCAAUAUCAGGACGACUUCAUUAAGGAAGUGCCCUUCGCCUAUUUUGGGGUUGUUCCCUUUGAACGACGCAUUUGUGGCUCCGAUCAACCGAGAGGCUACUCCAACAGCAGUCUUGGAGAUGGCUCCCCUGGUGGAGUGCAUAUCCAGCAUCAUCUCAGUAGCAAUUGUGUGAAAAAAAAGACCUGCGAGGUGCAUUGGUCGGAUUUCAGCCACCUCUGUUCCGAGUGCAGCGAGUUGUUGGUGCGAUGGGUCUGCGCCUCCGACGCGGCGCCCUCCGGUGGAGCCCGGAACCAAGCGGUCUUCGGGCCCUUGAGGGCCAGCGGCAGCCAGCUCCUGGAUGCCACCGGCAAAGAGGUGAGGCUUCAGGGCAUCAACUGGCCUGGGCUGCACAUCACCCACGUCCCCAGUGGUUUGGAUCGAACACCUUUGAUGUCCAUGGCACUGCGAAUCAAAGCCUUGGGCUUCAACGUGGUGCGACUCACAUGGGAUACCAACACGGUGCGAUCCAACCCAGUGGUGUCCACUCGCUUGGUGGCGGCCAACCCUCAGCUGGUGGGCCGCAGGGCUUUGGAGGUCAUGGAGGAAGUGAUCAAGGCACUGGAAGUCGUUGGCCUGGCAGUUUGGCUGGACAACCACAUGUUGGACACGGAUUGGUGCUGCAGUGAUAACGACUGCAACGGUUUUUGGUUCAAUGCUCAUCAUCCUGAAGAGCAUUGGGUGGAUGCUUGGCGGAAAGUUGCCAAGAUGAGCCUUCCAUACAAAGCGGUGCUAGGUGCUGGGCUCAAAAACGAGAUCCGCGCGAUGAUCUCUGGCAAGAGUUGGGGCUCUGGGGCAUUUUGCAGCGCCGGUUUUUUCGACCGAGGACAUGUGGAAAACAUCACCAACUUCACAGCUGCCACCUGGUCCUCCGGUCCCUCCUCCCUGCAGUGGCGUGCUGCCGCAGAGCGGGCAGGGUAUGCCAUUCUUGAGGAGAACCCAAAUUUGCUGAUCUCCAUUGGUGGCUUGGACUACUCCUCAGACCUACGGGAACUCAAAGAGCUUCCCAACCUGCCCAAAGAGAGGAUCGUCUAUGAGGCGCAUUCCUAUCCCUGGCAAAAAGUCACCAAGGUGGUGAAUGUGGCUCUGCCGGGCGCCAUUCCGGGCAAUGCAUCUGGGAAAACUCAUCCUGGGUCCCUGGAUGAUGUUUGGCAGACCUGCACCACCCUAGGCGACGCCUGUGCAGGCAUCACCUGCACUGGCACGGACCAUUGCUACGCACGACGCGGGACACCGGACGGGCCGCUGCGCGGUGCGGAACCAGCCCAUGGGCACUUUAGCAAAAUCAAUCGCUUCAGGACUGAUCGCAGCGACUUUUCUGCGCAAACUGAUGCAUGGUGGGGAUUUCUGGUUAAGGAGAAUGCCGUGCCAGUGAUUCUGACUGAGUUUGGAAUGUCUCAGGACUGGCAGGGUGAUGCAACGGCCGCGCUCUGGUUCUCUCAGAUUUCGGAGUACAUUAAAUCCGCAAAGAAAGGAGGACUUGAUUGGAUGUACUGGACCUUGAUUGGGGAGCAGGAAGGAGGGACCUCCCGCCACGCCGGGCAGACCGAGAGCUUUGGAGUGCUGAACCACUGCAACACGGCCCCUGCUGCCACGGCGCACGUUGAGGCCAUUCAGGCGCUGAUGUCAACGAAGGAGGCGUGGCUCGUGUGA